UUCCGGAAGAUGCUCAAUUGACAUUGACAUGUGGUUUGUUUAUUUUUUAAAGAACAAUGUUUAGGAUGUUUGUAUGAUCAUAGUUACAAGUUUUUACAUUUGAACGAUGGAAUUUUGUCUGCGAUUGUUGUUUUUUUGUGGCUUUUGUGUAUUGAAAUGUGCAGCUCAAUUAACAUCAAGGGCCUUGAAUUUGAAUGAAAGUUUUCUUAAUCCAAAUAUAUAUUUCAGUAACGAUCAGGUUACUUCUCUUUUACACGAUUUACAGUCUUCAUUUCCUAAUUUAGCAAGAGUUCAUUCUAUUGGAAAGUCUGUUUUAAAUAAAGAUCUCUGGGUUUUAGAAAUAAGUGAUGAUGUACAUAAUCGAAAAUUAGGUGAACCUAUGUUUAAAUAUGUAGCCAACAUGCAUGGAGACGAGACAAUUGGACGUCAAUUGACACUGUAUUUAGCGCAAUAUUUGCUUUUCAACUAUCAGAAGGACGAAAGGGUGACAAGGAUUGUUAAUACAACAGAUAUAUUUCUGAUGCCAUCAUUAAAUCCUGAUGGAUUUGAACAGUCAACGGAGGGAAAAUGUGACUCUAAGAAAGGCGAAGUUGGGCGAAACAAUAUAAACGGCAUAGAUCUGAACAGGAACUUUCCAGACCAGUUUGAUAGAAACUUUGGUGAAUGGGAUAACGACAUAACAGAUGGCCGCCAGAAUGAAACUUUGGCCAUGAUGAAAUUCAUUACUUCAAAUCCAUUUGUUCUGUCUGGCAAUCUUCAUGGAGGUGCUGUUGUGGCCAGCUAUCCUUUUGACGAUUCAGUAGCUGGUCAAGGCAGUGGUAGAGAAAGUCGCUCUCCAGAUAACGACAUUUUUCGUUAUUUGGCCAACGUUUACGCAUCAAAUCAUCCCAUCAUGGGAAAUGGCAGUGUGUGUCCCCUAGAUCAUUUCCAGGGUGGUAUCACAAAUGGAGCUGAGUGGUAUGAGGUAAAAGGUGGUAUGCAGGAUUUCAACUAUUUGCAUUCUAAUUGCUUUGAUGUGACAUUUGAAUUGAGUUGCUGCAAGUAUCCUGUGGCAUCAAGGCUUCCAGCCAUGUGGCAAGAUAACAAAGAAUCUCUUCUGGCCUUCAUGGAAGCUGCUAAUAUUGGAGUGAAAGGUGUUGUAACAGAUAUUGAUGGUAUAGGCAUAGAGGGAACAGAAGUGAUAGUGUCGGGAAUUGCACACAAUGUGACCACGACCAACAGAGGAGAGUUCUGGCGGCUGCUGGUUCCUGGAAUGUAUAACAUAACUGCCUCUGCAUGGGGCUUCGAACCGAGUGUUGCUGCUAUUUCUGUCAGUGAAGGGAAAGCAUUGUGGCACAACUUCACUUUGGAGCGUGAAAUACGACAGUCAGGUAAUAAAGUGGCUCAUGACUUGGAGGUGAAGUCAUACAUACCUGCUGAUACGUACGGUUUUGUCAUUCCACCAACUUUCAAACAUCACUCCAAUGCUGAACUUGAAGAGGAGCUACAACUACUUGCAGAUACUUAUCCUGAUCUGACCUAUCUGUAUGAUGUUGGGUUGAGUGUGCAAGGUCGUAAACUGUGGGUAAUGGAAAUUUCGGACAAUCCAGGUGUCCACGAGCCAGGCGAACCUGAAUUCAAGUACAUAGCAAACAUGCAUGGCAAUGAAGUUGUAGGUCGUGAAAUGUUGUUACUUUUUAUCAAAUACUUGUGCGAAAACUACAUAUCAGAUCAUCGAAUUACGACCAUUAUCAACUCGACUCGUAUUCAUAUUAUGCCAUCUAUGAAUCCUGAUGGUUAUGAAAAGGCUAAAGAAGGUGAUUUUGAAGGUGUUGAAGGGCGUCCAAAUCACAAUGGCAUUGACUUGAAUAGAAAUUUUCCAGCUCACUAUCAUCAAUCAUUUUCAAAUUAUAGACCGGAGGUAGAAACAAUUGCUGUGAUGAAUUGGAGCAAAACUUACCCAUUCGUUCUCUCUGCCAAUCUUCACGGUGGCUUCUUGGUUGCCAACUAUCCGUACGACAGCAAUCCUUCUAUGAAAGAUGGUGUACCAAACAUCAGUCCAGAUGAUGAAGUUUUCCGCAUGUUGGCCAAAUCAUACUCUUACGCUCAUACUGAUAUGCACUUACCAUAUCCUCCUUGUAAGAACAGCCCACGCACUAUAUUCCCAGAUGGCAUUGUGAAUGGAGCCCAAUGGUAUGUCGUCUCAGGCAGCAUGCAGGACUGGAAUUACCUUCACACCAACUGCUUUGAGCUCACACUGGAAAUAGGAUGUUUCAAGUUCCCCCCUGCAUCACAGUUGCCUAUGUACUGGGUUCAGAAUAAAGAAGCCUUGUUGACUUAUUUGGAAAUGGUUCACAGAGGUGUAUCUGGUUUUGUGAGAAGCACGGAAGGUAAUCCUAUUUUCAAUGCAACAAUAUCCGUUGCAGGAAUCGAUCAUGAUAUCAGAAGUGCUUCCGAUGGAGAUUUUUGGAGACUCUUGCAUCCAGGAGACUAUACUCUUUCAGCAUCUGCCCUUGGAUACGACACUCAAACAGUUCGUGUGGUUAUUCCGGUUGAUGUUGGUCAUGCUAGCGUCAAUUUCACUCUGUUGCGUCGCAAUCCAGAGAACUGGGCAGCCCAUGCCGAUUAUAACCUUGAGCAGAAUUUAUUCUCUGAACAAUAUUUGAGCACUGCGGACAUCAACAUGGCACUUAUAAAACUGGACAUGGAAAAUCCUGAUGUAGCUCAGUUUUUGGCAAAUGACAGUCCAACAUCCUCUGCCAUUCAAUUACUUAAAAUUACUGACCAGGUUGGCUCAUCAGAAGAAAAUAAGUUAAAAAUAGCUCUUUUAGGUGGUUUAUACGCUUCCCAUCCAAUCGGAAGAGAACUCCUGUUACGAUUUGCUCGUCACUUAGUGACUGGAUUUGCAAAGAAAGAUUUGGAGAUUAUGAAAAUACUCACCAAUACAGUGAUUUACGUGAUACCUUGUAUCGACCCUGGAUUUCGCCCACAAAGUGAUCCAGUUUGCUACAAGACUGUGGGUGCCAAUGAAGCUGGUGUGCUGUUCAGUUCCUCCGACAACACCACCAUCUCAAACGCUCUGCUGACGAUACUGGCUCAGAGUGAAGUUGAUUUAGUGCUCAACGUUGCUGGGGGAGGAUGGUUUUCAAGAGUACCAAAGACUGAUGCGAAGCAUGGAAAACUGUUGUCAAUGCUAAGUGCAGUAUUUAACAAAACAUUUUAUAGUUCGUCAAUAACUGACAUAUAUCACUGUGACAUGCAUCCAGAUUUGAUCCAAAUCGAUGACAUGCUGUUGCAGCAUGUGUAUGGAACAUUUGGGAUUCCAGUUGUGUCAGUGCACUUGGGCUGCUGCAGUUACCCUCGUGCACGGGACAUCGCACAGCUCUGGCGCUCCUCCCUCCCGCCUUUGAAGCAGUUCUUGAAGGCCACACAACAAGGUGUUGAAGGCUUUGUACAAAAUAUGAAUGGACAUCCCUUGCAAAGUGCUGUGAUUUAUAUUGAUGGUUCAUAUGCCAUUCCUGUUACUACCAAUAUGGGUCACUUUAGGGCGGUUUUGCCUGUUGGCUCUCACAGUUUGAAGAUUUCAUGUACAGGAUACGAGCCAAAAAUAAUGGAAUUAAAUAUUCAAGAAAAUAAACUUUUGCAAAUUAACAUAGUCUUGAAACAUAUUCAACAAUUGGGUUACCAUUCCCCCCAAGAGAUAAAGAAAACAUUAUCACACCUGAAUUCAGAAUAUAGUAGAAUAACAGACAUCAACUCGAUUGCAAUUGGUUCCAAUGAUGAGAUAACUGAUUUUGUGAUUGCUGCUCACGAUAACAAAGAGCAAAUGAUUGGCUAUCCAGCAAUUGGAUUUUUUGCUAACAUUGAUGGACGUGACCCUGUUACAACUGAGAUAUUGCUUCAGAUGGUUGCUGACCUCUUGAAACAAUACAAACAGGGUGAAAUGGCACAGAAUAUAAAGGACAAGACACUCCAUAUGCUUUUUGGCUCCACAAAAUUGGUAGAAUCUUCAGCAACAGAAACUGAAAAACUUUCAUCCUUUGGAAAUUGGCUAGACAAAAUGGGAGUAGUGGUUUUGGUCAUGUUAAGAGCUGGUGCCUUCAGUGUAGAGGGUCCUCACAUAAACAGUCAGAACAUUUUGAGAAACGCCACUUUUUCAGAUAAACAGAUUUUCAGUGAAUUGAUUCAUGAUUAUAUCAUCAAUGAACAAACCACACACAAGUCAGAAAAUUGCUCAAGUGUGUCUAGCAAUCAAGCUGGUGUAAGGCAUGACUUGGCCUUACAUUCUCAAUAUGAUAACCUGAUGGAAUACAUUUACAGUAAUAACUCAGCAUUUACAGUGACCGUCUAUGUGCACUGUGACAGAGCACCAGAGGCAUCCCAACUGACCGCCAUUUGGGAAGCACACAAAGCAAGCUUAUUUCACACUCUCUCCUGGGUUAAACGAGGCAUCACAGGAUACGUGACAGAUAGCAAUGACAGACCAAUUAUAGGAGCAACGUUAACAGUGAAAGGCAGCAGCCACACAGUCAAAUCAACGCGUACUGGUGCCUAUUGGAGACUUCUGCUAUCUGGUCAUUACAUUGUUACUGUGUCUGCCCCACAUCAUUUGACAACAACAAAAAUGGUCACUGUAGUAGAAAGCAGAAAGCCAACGCAAGUAAUGUUUAAACUGGCUCGUGACGAAACUGUUUUGGGCAUGCCAAGGCUAGUCUUCAUAAUGGUCACUGGCUGCCUGUGUUUGUUCAUUAUACUGUUGGGGGUCUGCUGCUACACAUCAUGCAGGACCAAGAAGUAUAAAAAUACUGAAUUUUCUUUGUUGUCUCAAAAACUUUCGCUUUAUGAAGAUGAUGAUAUGAAGAAAGAAGAACCAGGUCAUUUGGAAGUUUCAGCACCUUAUUUUGAUGAAGAUUCAGAAGAUGAAAUUGUUUUAGUUAAUACUUGGAAGAAAUAACCACAGAAAACUAUCUAGGUAAUUGGUUAAUAAGACUGCAGAAUAAAAUGGCUUUUAUUUUUUGUUAACAAAUCAUUGUUCAUCUUAAUGCUUGGCAAAAUAAAAAGAGUGUGAUAUAAACAUAACUUGUAAAUUUUUUAUUAAAUAAUACAAUUAUAAAUUAGUUCUAAUAUUAAUAUUUUUUCAUAUUGGCAGCUUUUACUUGUGAAAUUUGUGAAUUUUUAUUAAGUGGAGGUUGAUGCAAUGGAGGUGAUUGCAAGUGGAAGUUUUUGAGGUGUAGUGUUGGGGUUGCAGCUUAAAGUGCUGGAAAAAAAUAUUGCAAUAUUACUGUAAUUAGUUAUCUAAUUUUUUUUCAUUCUGUUUGUUUUUAAAAAGUAUAAUGUGUGUGUUUCACAUGACUUAAAAGUUACUAAUGUAUGGUUUUAUACUUAAAAAUACUUAGCCCAAAGUUGUAUUGAUUCAGCCUCCAAUAUCAGUAUUCAUUGGCAGCAAUAAUAUGAAUGAAUCAUGUACAGUACCUUGUUUUUAUGGCUAAAAGAAAGUUUGUUGUUUUAUUUUUAUAAAAAUACUAACAGAUGCAUUACAUUGAAUACUGAAAUUCAUUUUUACAACAUACUUCAAAUGUAAUGAUCUGGAAUUCAGGUGUAAUUGUACAAUGCAGAAAAUACUUGAGCAGCUCUAGUGUGGUUUUUCCAGUUUAAGGCAACUUUGCUAUGAUGCUUUAUUUAUUUGAUGUACUUAUUUGACAGAUAUAAAAAAAAAUUAUUGUAGCUUUUAUUUUUAUGACUUUGGUCUUGCAUCAUACUAUUUGCAGAAGCUUAUGUUUCUGGUGCUUCCAAUUUUUCACCACCAAUAAGGUGUUUGUUACGCUGUAAUGUAAUUAUAAGUUAAUCAACAGAAUUUGCUGAAUGUUCUGAUGUUUAUCAUUUGUAACUACAGCUAUCAUAACAGUGCAGUGAAACGAAGCUACAUAGUUAAAAUUGUGAAACCAAACAAUUUAUUCUAUAUUGAUAUUUAAAUGGGUAAAAUAUUGUUUCUUGGCUUCUUGUCUGUGAUUGGUACUUACUAUUAUUGGUUGAUGAAUUGGUGGAUGAUUACAUAGCUGCAUUCAUGCAUAUACUAACGUUUUCAAAGUAUGUUUUGUUUGUCAGUUAUGUGAUAUGAUUUGGCCUGCACACUUGGGCUGAGUCUCAUUACUAUAUUGGUGCACACUGUGGCACAGGUAUCUUGGAGACAAGCAAGUGCGUUAAUGUAAGUGCCAACCUGGUUCAUCACUCGUACAUGUUCUGUGUGGAUGUCAUAAGGUGGAAAAUUUGGUUGGAACUUGACAAUUUUUAGAUUAGAAUUAAUAAACAGUGAAAUGUAGGGUUAAUAGUAGCAAGUGUGUAAAUUGUUAAUAUGUAAUUCAGUAAAUACAGGAUGUCUAUGAAAGAAUACCCCAGUUUCAAUGGUAUAUUAUAACAGUCCGAUUUAGACUAUUUACAACAAAUAAUACAUCAAAUUGAAUGUAAACUAACCUAGUUUUUCUAACAAAUGUUUAGAAUGUGUACCUUUAGUUAUACGUCACACAUCCAACCUAAAGUCCAAUUCUUCGCACAAUUCGGUUAACCUGUCCGUAGUAAUGGAAGCAAUAGCUUAUUCACUUCUGUUUCUCAACUGUGGCAAAACAUUAGGUAUCAGCGGGACAUAGACACAAUCUUUUAUGAAGCUCCAAAGCUAAAAAUCGCGUGGCGUUAUGUCAGGUGAAUAUGGAGGUCAGCGAAAAAGAGCUCUGUCGUCUCGACCAUUACGACCAACCCAAUGGUCAAGGACUUCAAUGUUCAACCACUCUCGUACAAAGAAAUUCCAAUGGGGAGGGGCUCCAUCCUGUUGCCAAAUAAAGUUUACAGGUUCACCCUCUACUAAUUGGAGAAAGAGCCAUUCUUUCAACAUAUUCAGAUAAGCCACUCCUGUUACGGUAGCUUCAGCGAAACAAUGUGGUCUGUACACUUGACUUCGGGACACAGCGCAGAAAAGUUUAAUUUUAGGGAAUUUCUUUGGUGUUCUUUAAGUUCAUGUGGAUGUUCUGACCCCCAGAUACGAACAUUAUGGGUAUUUAUUUACCUUUCCACUUAGGUGAAAAGUUGACUCAUCGCUGAACAUCACACAAUCAAGAAAGUCAUCUUCCUGCUCACACACUUGAAUUGCAAAGUUAGAACGCACACCAUAGUUAUCUGUCUUUAAAGCAUGUAGCAACUGUAACCGGUAUGGAUGCAUGUGUAAAUGUGUUCUUAAAAGCUUCCACGCGGUAGUCUUUGGCAACUGAAGUUCAAGACUUGCUUUCCAAACAGAUUUCUUAGGACUACCCAUUUAAGAUGCUCUGACAUGGUCACUAUCCUUUACAGACACUUUUGGUCGUUCCGUGCUUUUCCUUUUACAAACAUAUCCGGUCGUUUCGAAUGGCCUAUAUCAUCGGCAGAUGUUUUUAUCACGUGGAGGAUCACAAUUAAACUUUAAACGAAAUGCAUAUUUAACUGAAAUUACAUAUUCACUCUUAGCAAAUUGCAGAAUACAAAAUGCUUUACGCCCAGGAGUUGUCAUUUUGCAUAGGUGGUGCUGCAAGCGAGAAAACAACAGGACAGUACUUGUGCAUGCGCAUGUCAAAAAUUGUUUGAGUUACUUUUUAAUUGUGACCUUGGACCAAAACUCUACAGCACUUACAGUUGAUACUAUUAAAAUUUAUAACUGGGACAUUCUUUUAUGUACAUACUGUAUUUAGUUGAUUCCCAAGCUGAUGGAAAACAUAGUGAAUUAUUUUUAAGACUCUGCAUCUUCCAUUUUGAUAAAAAAAAAGCACCCACAUUUGUGCUUUUAUGUAAGGAACAGAAAUGACAGUGUCAUUGUCAUCAAUUAUCUCUAUCUAAUAAUUUAUUCUGGGUUUAAUAUUGUUGUGACAGUUUUAAUUAUGUACAUUUAAAAUAGCACAAAGUGAAACUCAAUGAGUACUUAAUAAAUAUUAGUACUAUAAUUAUUAUGUUUUGGUGGAAAUUUAAAAAGUGUUAAAGUAUUCACAUAAUUAUAUCACCAACAAAAAAUACAAUCUUUUCUUAGAAAAAGCCAGAUUAUCAAAACUAAACUUUUACAUAAGAAGUAGUGACAUCUGAAUGCUCCAAAAAAAAUGUGUAACCCUAGAAUGCAUAGAAAAAUCACUAAAAUAAACCUAGGGUUCCUAGGAGACCAAUAUAAGUAAUAAUCUUAUGAUUUGUGGGUUAAUUACUGGUGAACAGUAUAAAACUAGGACUUGUGGCUUUACUUGUGAAAUGUCGUAAGUUUGCAUACCUACUUUGGCCUUUUACUCCUUGUCAUUCUGGUGGAUUACAACCACUUGCUAGGUUAUUCAGGACUGCUUAUCAUGAGAGUAAAUCCUCCAGGGAAGAAGCUUCAAACAAUUUCUCGCCAGAAACACAGGUGCCACGUCAUCCCAUAAAAGGGUUGAUGAAUGAAUUUCUAAACAGGAAAUUUCAAAUAAUUAUUUUUAAAUAAUUUAUUUUCAACAAAGCUUGACAAAUUUGUUAUAAAUGAAAAAAUUCAUAUUCAGUUAUAACAGACAGUAUUAAUUAUCUAGAAGCACACAGUUUAAAACUAUUCUUUAGUGAGAUUUAGGUUUUCCUUUUGUGUUCUCAUUACUGGUUAUUAGUUUUGUUGCUGCAGGCUCACCUAUAAAAUGGAUAAAUAACCAUUCAGUAAAACCUGUUUAAGAUGACAUGGCUUAACACGUUUUUCCGCCUGAAAGUCAGAAUAAUAUAGCACCUAAAGUUUCCUAUAACAUUAACCAUAACAUCUCUCUUUUAUAUGUUUUGGGGUCAUUUGAUUUUCCCUUUUAAUAAGCAUCAAAUUAACACAAAAUUACUUUAAAAAAAUUUCCUAUAAAAAUAUUCUUACGUGAUACUUGUUCGGACGCAUCCUAUCAUGACAACACUUGUGUUUUAGUUAAAGAACCGUAAUACAACAAUGCCAUCUUUUAUUUCCUUAAUGGCGUUUUUAAUGUAACACGAUUUCCAAUGGUUACUUUUUGUAAAUUUAUGCUCGUAAUGAAAAACACACCAUUUGCAGCACUUCAAACUCAAAACAAAUAAUGAUGGCUGGUGUAAAAGCAUUCAUAAGCACUAUCAAAAACAUGAAGCACAAGUAAUCAAAGCUGUCUCUUAAAAAAAUAAUUAUCAGAAAAUAUUUUGUGAUUUACUGAAAAAACUGAGUAUUUUUACCUUUCAAACUUCAUGGCAAACAAUUAUUUGUGGUGUUUGUAUUUAUUUAAUCAAGCAUUUGUAAUGGGAUUAAAAAUAACUAUGACCAUGGACUGCAAUCGGUAACAAGAUUACACUUUUUCCAUGGACGUUAAAAGUAAUGAACCCAAUAGUUUUAACAGUUGUAUAAAUUGAUAUUCACAAUUGAUCUACCACCAUAUACACAGUAUGAGUUUAUAUGCCACUUUUAUCUACGGUGAAACAGACAUUGCAACUGCAAAACAAAAGAAAUGUAUGUAAAAGUUGUAGUAAAUGUGUCUUUAUAUUCCUGAACUAAAAUACAGUUUACAUGGCCACAGUUAAUAAGCAAAGUGGAUGAAUAACUAGGUUUUAAAAUGUAAAUAUUAGCUCUUUUAGUCAAUAUUUUGCAUAUAAAAAAUUGUUAUUAAAACAAUUCACAUUUUUAAUAGAAAUUAUUAUAUUUUGCAUUAUUUUGCGAUUUGCUAAAUUUCCCUGUCCUUAAAAAACUUCUGUAAAUAAACUGCUAUUCAGUGUAGAAUUUACUAGGCACUGUAUAUCUUCCGAAUAGCACAACCUUUUAACCCAUGAAACUCGUACUUGUUUUACUUACCCUUUUAAUAGGUUCCUGCUUAAGAAACAUAAUUUGUUUGGUUUUUCCAUUAUCUUAAGAAGGUUUUACUGUUAAACUUACUGCCCGUACCAAAAUAGAAUUACUUUUUAGUUUACACUAGUUUUUUUAUAUACAUAAUUAAUUCUGUUAUUAAAUUGAGAAAAAGAGUUCAGGUCAUUUCUUUUAAUUUUGUUUCCUGUUUACUUAUAUUAUAGUAACUAACACUUACUUCCUGGAAGUACAUGAAGUGCUUACAAAUAAUGAAAUAAAGAAGAAAUAAUAAAGAUUAUCUUUAUUCCAAAGGAGUUUUAUGAUAGUUGUUCACAACUUACGGACAGGGAUUGAAAACUUUUUUUUUAAAUCUUUUUUUUUUCGUAGAUAAUUUAUAUAGGCAGAUAUUAUUAUGUUGAAGCCUAGUCAUUGAAGAGACAAUGACUUUGUUUUGGUAUUUUCACACACUUAUGCCAAAUUUAUGAAAUAAGUUCUCUUAUUGCUUAACUUCAAACUUAUUGAGCAUAAUAAAACUAUCUCAACAUCAUUUGUUUGUAAGUGCUUUCUUUCCACAUCUCUGUGUAAUAGAUGCUACUUUACAACAUUUGUUCAAAACUAUCUCAACUGGUAUCGUAAUUGGUUUUGUUAUGCAGUAUACACCACGAAAUAAAUUUUUUUCACCAGCCUGUUCUGAAAAAAGGUUUUCAUUAGAACAAAGAACUUUUUUUGCACUGUUCACAAUGGAUAUAUGAAUUUUUUAAUUUUUUGGUUUGUAACUUGAAUGACUUUGUGCAUAAUAUAGGUGUGAAUAGGAAAUAUAUGUAUAAACAUGGCAUGGUUUCACAAGUCGCUCAGAGCAAGAGCAAGGUGUAUAGACGUAGGUGCAAAGGCCCGUCACAGUUCUGGUUGUGGAACAGUUUUUUUUAUUAACGGGGUUGGUCCUAUUGGCACAUCUUUCCAGUACAUGUUUAGUGAUAUUUUACUAAUUGCAUGCUUUAAUUUUUCCCUGAGCAUAGAGUGGUGAAAUUACAUUUAAUUAUUUUGACUGAUGAGCCAACACUUGUGAAAAAAUGCAUUCUUAAUAAACUGACAAAAAUAAAUGUUGAAUACCUUUUAUUAACUACUGCUUUUGAGAUGCUGGCUUACUUUGUAGUUAUUAAUUGUCUGUCAGCAGGCCUUACUUAAAAUCAUGCAACUUAAAAUCAUCCAGCAAUCAAAACCUCGCUACUCUAAAUUCCCAGGAAGCAAAAAAAUUGUUAAACAUUGUGUUGUUAUUUUCAUCAAAGUUUUUUGUAAAUAACUUAAUAAACUGUACUUCUUCAUUAAGUUUAUAUAUAUGAGAGAAAGAGCCUUAAGAAUUUUUUAGGAAUUUUUUCUUUUGCACAAUUAAAAACAAAGGUUUUUAUUAUAAAUAGAGAUGAAGUUUUAUUUGCUACCCUGUUAUAUGCAGAUGAUUUUGUAUACAUUGUAAAUAUGAAUAAAUAUUUAUUGAGUUGUGAUUUUUAUGCUGUAAUCAUGUAAUGUGUAAUCCUGAAAGAUUUUUUAAAGCGUGAAAACAGAAUGUUUUGUUUUAAAGCAGUUAGUAUGACAAAAAGGUAAGUUGAGUUUUGUGAAUUUUAAUGUUUGUUCAUUGAGAAGUGUGCAUAGGUUUUGCUCAUCAAACUUAUGAUGAUUUGUUAUUAUAUUUUAUCAUAGCCUUUAAAACUGUAAUUUGUUCUACUUUUUGUUGCUUUAAGAUGAAUUUGAAUAAAUUUAGAAUUUGUAAAAUAUAAUUUUUAUGUCAGCACUGUUUAUGAGACUGCAUAUUUGAGUGUUACCUACUGUUACAGUUCGUGAGUGUAGUAGAUUGGGUAUUAAUGAUUAGUCUUCAAAACAACACAAUUAGGUUAAUGAUGAUAUGUUCUAUGAUGCAUCAUUUCUGUGAUGUAGGCCUUCCUUUGUUUUCUGGUUAUAAAUCUGUACUAUAUACGUAUAUACUGCACCUGUUGCUGCAGCUCUACCUGUGUUCCUAGUCCGUGCAAUGCUCUUCAAAAAAUGCUCAUAAGUCUACCUUGUGAUUGAGUGCAUGCUUGCUCACUCUGCUUCAUUGGUUGUAUUAUAUGUUCAAACACAUUAGCCAUAAUGUCUGUUGUAAAAACAUUUUUGUUUUGACAAAUUUUUUUUACAAGUCUCCUGCUUUCGUCAUAAUAUGCAAGUCCAUAUAUUAAAUGCCUAUCGCUGUUUCACAGUUGGAACAAGUGUCUAAGAUUACAGUGAAGGAGAACAGGAAAUUAAAUUUUUCUGAAAUUAUUUUUAAAAUAGUACCAGCAACAUUGUUUCCAAGCUAAUAUUUUAAUAGUCCGGACACAAAUAGUGAUGUACUUAGGACUAAUUGCUGAAACAAGUAGGUUUGUAUGUCAUAAACAAUUAACCAUAAAAAAUAAGAUGAUGUAUGACAUUUGGUGUUUUUUAAUUUAUACUAUCCAUUCCUCAUAAUGGAAACAUCUUCUGGAUGAAAUCAAUUCAUACAAGUACUAGUGCCUUGAACUUAGCCAGCAUGCAGUUUAAGGUUAGAGAUGUUAGCACUGUGAUAUGGUAUAUUGAAGAAGUAUAAUAUUUUGACUAUGAAUAUUAGACCAAAAGUGAUGUUUGUUAUGAAAUGAUCUGUUUUAAAAACCCUUACCUCAGAUGAACAAAUUACUUUUUUUUUUUCUAUAGUUUUAGUAAAACAAAUUGUGAGUGCUGUUUUGAUCAACACAAAUUUUCAUGUAAGGUAAGUUUUUAUUGGUUUUGAAUGUUAACAUUCCUUUAUAAAAUUGUGGCUGCAUUUUGUACAGAGCCAAAGCAUUUGUAUUUGUAUCUGUGAACAAAAUUUAUAUUUGUGUAUCAUUUUGUAGGAAAUAAAGUAAACUUUGUUAUUGAAUGGUAUUUAGUGACCUUGAAGUAAUCCUGAUACCCUUUCAUUGCUGGCUUACCAGCAGUUUGAACUGUGAAAUAAAAACAUUUUGUAUGUUCAGAUAGCAUCAUAAGAUCAAUUUGAAGUCGUGUCACUGUCGUGGAUAAGUUGGGUUUCCUAGGUUGGCGACAGUGAACUCGCGCCAUAAUGGACGACAGACACGAGGCAGUAGUGUAUAAUUUUUUAUCUGUAAAUAAGCAGUGUUUCUAAUUAUCCGUCUAUGUAGUCAUGUAUUGUUGACACUACCUUAGUAGUUAUUAAAGGACUUUAAGUGAAACUACAUGGUGCCGAAACCCGGGUCCGCCUGCGAACUAAUUGGUGAAUAAAUAGCAAACAAUGGCAGAAUCGGGGGUUAGCUUGAAACCGUCAAAAUAUUUAUCGGUAUCAGAAGAUGGAAUGCCAGCACUCUGGAAAUCGUGGCUGCAACAAUUUAACUGGUACACAACAGCAACCAAUCUCGAGAAAAAGGCUCCUGAAAUCCAAGUCGAGACAUUCAUGACCGCGAUUGGACCUGAUGCAGCGAACAUUUACAACACAUUCACACUCACUCAAAAGGAAAGUACGGACAUUAGCGUCAUCAAAACCAAAUUUGAUGCACACUUCGCACCAAAAACGAACAUUACAUACGAAAGAUACAUCUUCAACAAAAUGAAGCAAGAAGAAAGCCAACCAUUUGACGAGUUCCUAACCUCAAUUAUCAAUAAAGGAAAAAGGUGCGAAUUUGGAGAGUUAUAUGAUAGUUUACUUCGUGACAAGUUGGUGGUAGGAAUUACCAGUGACAAAGUUCGGGAAAAACUGUUAGCAGAAGAAGAUCUCACAUUUACCCAAACAGUGAAAAUAUGCAGGGCGUGGGAAGUAACUAAACAACAAGUACAGGCUAUGCAAGCUGAUGCACCUUUACCAGCGGUACAUACUCUAAGUCGUAAAAACCCCACCCUUGCAACUAGCGAUCAACAAACACACACAAAAACUAACUGUCACAGGUGCGGUUAUAUCCAUCAACAACGCCCAUGCCCAGCUCUGGGAAAAGAAUGCAAAAAGUGCAGGAAAUUAAAUCAUUUAGCUCAGGUAUGUAGGUCAAAACAAGUGCACACAAUUACUAGCAGACCCCAGGACCAAUACUUACAAAAGGAAGACGCUGCCACAUUCUAUGUGUCAAACAUAAACAUACACCAGGGUGAACUGGAUUGGACAGAAAAACUGGUGCUACCCAACAAACAAAAGGUUACUUUCAAACUGGACACAGGCGCACAAUGUAACGUGUUAAAUAGUAGUGUCGCCAGUAAAAGCUUGCUACAUGUGACCCCUUCCAGAACAAGAGGACUCCUGUCGUUCACCCAACACAGUGUUCCAGUAUUAGGGGAGACAACAGUCAGUGUGUUUACCAACAAGAAAACCACACACAUGCUCACGUUCCGUGUGGUGAACAAGGGUCUACCGUGCAUCUUAGGGAGGCAGGCCUGUGAAUCAUCGGGGUUUAUCAAACGAGUGGAAACAGCGGUUGCAGAUGGUGAGUUUUUCGAAGGGAUAGGAUGUUUAAAAGGGUUUGCACAUGACAUUGACCUGGUAGAAGAACCAAAAUUCAUGAUCUACACACCAAGGAAAGUACCUUACACCAUUCGAGAUCAAGUUAAAGAAGAAAUGGAUUACAUGGUCACUAAUGGAAUCAUCGAACGCAUGAACGAACCUAUGCCGGCAGUAUCUCCCAUGGUAGUGGUGAGAAAAAAUGGUAAAGUUAGAAUCUGUAUGGACCCAUCUGAUGUAAACAAAAACCUAAAGAGACGACACUAUCCCUUACAGACUGUAGAGGAAAUAACAGCACGACUAAAGGGAUCCAAAUAUUUCACACUCCUUGAUUGCAAAAAGGGAUUCUGGCAGCUCAAAGUGACCGAUAGAACGUCGCAGUACCUGACGUUUGCCACUCCAUGGGGCAGGUACAAAUGCAAAAGGAUGCCGUUUGGACUAGCUUCUGCACCCGAAGUUUUUCAGCAGAUAAUGAGUCACACACUGCGAGAUGUACCACGUGCAGAAUGUUCGAUGGACGACAUCCUUAUACAUGCAGAAAGCAAGGAAGAAUUAGAGGAAAUCACCAACGUGGCAAUCAGCAAACUGAAAGAAGCAGGGCUAACGCUUAACUCGAGCAAGUGCGUGUUUUCACUAAAACAAAUAAAAUUCUUAGGACACAUACUGUCUGACACGGGAAUCCUUCCAGAUCCGGCGAAAACAGAAGCAGUUGAAAGAUUGAAGGAACCAUCAUCGGUCAUAGAACUUCAACGAUUUCUGGGAAUGGUGAAUUACUUAUCCAAAUUCAUUCCCAGAGUUGCAGAACUGUCAGCGCCACUUAGAAAACUACUGGAAAAAAAAACGUUGCGUGGCACUGGGGCGCAGAACAAAAAACUGCAUUUGCAGCACUUAAGGAAUCAUUAAAAUCUCCACCUCUUCUGAGAUACUAUGACCACACUACGCCGGUAACACUCUCAGUAGAUGCCAGUAGCCACUCUGUAGCUUCAGUGCUCAUUCAAGAGGGCCAGCCUAUUAUGUACGCAUCUAAGGCACUCUCUAAGUCCCAACAGAACUAUAGCCAAAUAGAAAAAGAAGCCUAUACCAUAUUGUCGGCUUGCA